CAAAGUCCGAAACUCUCUGAAAUAACCCUCACAAGUUUCAUAUUUGCAGAAGAAGGACAGACAAUAAAAGGGUGGGGCAAAAAAAAUAAAAUGGAAGGCCACGCUCUUCUCAGAGGAAGAAGAAGAGGAGAAGGAUACAAGUACAGCCAUGGGUUCUCAAGGUCACAGAUGGCAUCAAUGGCUGCCAUAUGUGAAGCCCUCGUCCCCUCUCUCCCUGUGGAAGCCGUCCACGUCAGCGCCGGCAAGGGGGACCCACCAAGCAAGACCCUACAAGCCUUCUACCUCGCCUCCGCCUCUCAAGCCCCCAUCCCCGAUGAGGUUGCAGAGCUCAUAGUAGAAAGAGGAUUGAAGGAGGGUAUUUUCUUGGUGAGGUUGAUUCUAUGGUUGCUCGCGACAAGGCUAGGGACCCUCCUCCUGUGUGGGUCCCUCAGCCUCAGAAGAGGGUUCCCAUUCAUCUACAACUUCUCAGGGAUGACGCUGGAGAAGAGAGAAGAGGCUCUCAAGAGAUGGAGCAGGGAAAAGUCUUUUGUAUUCUUAAGGCUGGCAUUUGCCAUGCUCAAGAUCUUCUGCUACUUUGUCUUCUACUCGACGAUUAAUGAAAACUCAGAAAACCCAACAUGGAAUGCAAUUGGAUAUAAAUUACCAACUCGAGAAAAACCUUUUAAGCCAGAAACAGAGAGGCCUCUUGAAAAGGGCAUUAUAGAAGCAACUGAUCAAACCACCAACUCAUCCCUUUUCAAAUCACUAACACAAAAAGGCCUAAAGGUGAUUGAAGAUAGCAUGCAAAAGGACGUUUACACCAUCCAAUGUGAUGCUGUAAUUAUCGGUUCAGGCUGUGGCGGUGGAGUUGCUGCUUCUGUGCUCGCAAACUCAGGCCACAAAGUCAUCGUUCUAGAGAAAGGCAGUUACUUUACUUCAAAAGAUUAUACCUCUAUAGAAGGCUCGUCUAUGGACCAAAUGUAUGAAUCUGGAGGAAUUCUUAGUACUCUCGAUGGUAAGUUAAUGCUUUUGGCUGGAUCAACAGUCGGAGGAGGCUCAGCUGUAAACUGGUCAGCUUGCAUAAAGACACCAGAUAAUGUUCUCAAAGAGUGGGCAGAAGUAAAAAAUCUAAAUCUUUUCAAGAAUCAAGAGUACAUAUUGGCGAUGAACAAAGUAUGUGAAAGAAUUGGAGUUACUGAAACCUGCACAGAGGAAGGAUUGCAGAACCAAGUUCUUCGAAAAGGGUGUAAAAAACUUGGUCUUGAUGUUGAUUUCGUACCGAGAAAUUGCUCAGAGUCUCACUACUGUGGGAGUUGUUGUUAUGGAUGUCCAACUGGAGAUAAGAAAGGAACCGAUACUACUUGGUUGGUCGAUGCAGUUAACUCUGGCGCAGUUAUUUUGACAGGAUGCAAAGCAGAGAAAUUCGUGUUCAAAGAGAACAAUGCUGGCAAGAAACCCAACAAGUGCGUCGGAGUACUAGCGAAAGUUCUGAGCAAUAACGUGACAAAGAAAAUACAGAUUAAAUCUAAGGUGGCCAUUUCGGCUUGUGGGGCCCUGUUGACCCCCCCUCUGAUGAUCGCCAGCGGGCUAACGAACCCCAACAUAGGAAAAAACCUACAUCUUCACCCUUGUGCCUUAGCCUGGGGAUACUUCCCAGAAUCAGUACCAGAACUCAAGGGCAAGAAGUACGAGGGAGGCAUCAUCACCUCCCUCCACAAAAUCAAGAGCUCAAAUUCAACCACUCAAGCAAUCAUCGAAGCGGCAAGCACCGGCCCCGCCUCAUUCGCAUCACUAAUCCCCUGGGUAUCUGGAAAAGACAUGAAAGAACGAAUGCUCAAAUACAGUCGAACCGCGCACCUCUUCGCGCUCGUCAGAGACCAGGGAUCAGGCACGGUGCGAGGCGAAGGGAGAGUGAGGUACAGAAUGGACGGAUCGGACAAGGAACGCCUGCGCGAGGGGCUGAGGCGGGCGCUGAGGGACGAUGUUUGUUCGGCGCAUCAGAUGGGGAGUUGUAGGAUGGGGGUGAGCGAGGAGGAGGGUGGGGUUGACGAGAGGGGGGAGAGUUGGGAGGCUGAGGGGUUGUUUGUGUGUGAUGGGAGCGUGCUUCCUACUGCAGUUGGAGUGAAUCCUAUGAUCACCAUCCAGUCUGUUGCUUACUGCAUCUCCAAAGGGAUUGUGGGGUCGUUGGAGGGGGAGUAGGGGAUCAGAGGUUUAAGUUUUCAGACCGCUACAAUAAUAUUGGAUGCUUAUUUGGCCUGAGAUGGCGAAGAACUACGCGGGGGUUCAAAUCUGCAAAUCUCCAAAUUUGGAAUGUUUUUUUAGCGCGUCGAUGCUGGAUGCAGUAAAAUCUUCAGAUUGACCGAUCGGAGUUUCUGAGUCUAGUUUUUAGUUCUUUUUAAUUGAAACACGUUAUGCGUGAGAGCGUGAGGUUUGCAUGUGAAAUAGGGAUAACUAACGGUACGCAAAAUAAAUGCCAAUCUAUAAUUUUAGUUGUGUUGAUCUCCCUAUUUAGUAACUUUAUAAGAGCUUUAUAAGGGUUCGCUAUUUUCUGCUAAA